CAGCAGAAGCUUUCGGCGAAAAGACGAACGAGGUGCAUCGUUUCAGGGAAGCCAUUAAAGAAGUUUUGCAUCUAGCUGGGGUUUUCGUGUGGUCGGAUGUGAUCCCGUGGCUCCAGCGUUUCGACUUUCAUGGUCACGUUAGGUCCAUGAAACGGACUUUCAAGGAGCUUGACUCGGUGAUGGGGAAGUGGCUCGAAGAACAUCGUCGAGCUAGAGCUAACAAGAAUGGUGAUGAGUCCAGUGGUGGUGGUGACCUCAUGGAUGUUAUGUUGUCGAACCUCACUGAGGACGAUGCAUUGUUGUCUGGUCAUAGCCGCGAUACUGUUAUCAAAGCCACUUCUCUGAUUCUCAUCCUAACUGGGACAGAAAGCACAGCUGUUACACUAACAUGGAUAAUCUCAUUACUAUUGAACCACCCAAGUGUUUUGAAGGCUGCCCAAGAAGAGUUGGACACUCAUGUAGGAAAACAGAGAUGGGUGCAAGAAUCAGACAUCCCCAAUCUCAAAUUUCUUCAAGCCAUUGUUAAAGAAACUCUACGCUUGUACCCGCCAGGCCCCAUAACAGGCCCACGUGAGGGCACACAAGAUUGUUACAUUGGUGGCCACUAUGUCCCCGCAAGCACACGUUUGAUUGUGAACUUGUGGAAACUACAGAGGGACCCGCGCAUGUGGUCAGACCCAUCAAAGUUUCUCCCCGAAAGGUUCAUGACUACUCAUGCAGGCAUAAACUUUAGAGACCAGAAUUUCGAGUAUAUUCCUUUCAGUGCUGGUCGAAGGUCGUGUCCUGGGGUGGUGCUUGGUUUGGCUGUGGUUCAACUAGUGCUAGCUCGAAUUCUUCAGGGUUUUGAGUUGAAAAGCAAGGACGAGUUCCCUGUGGAUAUGCGCGAAGGCUUGGGCAUUGCGUUGCCGAAACUUACUCCUCUUGAAGCUUGCUUGGCUCCUCGCCUUCCUCCACAGCUUUAUGAACCUCUAUGAAGAAUAAUUUAUGUAUUAUUAUAUUUAAUCAGUAGUACUUUGUUAGCAUUUAGUAGUGCUAAAAAAUAAAAUAAUGUAUUAUAAACGAAUGAAGAUGAGC